CGUGCGUGGACCUGUGUUAGCCAAGUGUAAUUCAUGCACCACGUAGCGGCUUUGCGUAAACACAUCGCCACGCAAGUUCCAUUCGACGCGGUGGCAAUCGCCACGUUCUGCGAGCGGCGGCGACGUUCUCCACCCCUGUCGUCACCGCACAUUAGGGGCUGGGCGUCGAGCGCCGCUGGCCGGAGGUGGUGAGGCACGAUAGCGGUGCGCUCCAAACGGCGAUCGACGGACCGACCGCGGCACGGCGCCUACACUCGCCGCGUCAGAAAACGAGCAGCCACUGGAAUGAGCGGACGCCCGGGAGACCUGAGCCCGCGCCAGCAGGCCGCGCUCGACCAGUUCCGCAAUGCGGUGGAAGAUGUGAAGAGACCCUCGGACACGGACGCUUUCCUACUGCGCUGGCUACGAGCCCGGGAUUUUGAUGUGGACAAAGCGGAGCGGAUGUACCGUCAUGACCUUAAAUGGAGGAAGGAGAACGGCAUCGACGACAUGUUACGAAGCUAUGCGGCAGCCGAGAUGGUGAAGAAAAACUAUCCUGGCGGCAUCUUAUAUCCGUGCAAGGAUGGCAGACCAUUAUGGGUGGUUCCAGCUGGAGUUGAUUUCCCAGCGCUUAUUACGUCACUGACGCCGGAAGUCGUGCAGCGCCACUGUACAUAUCUCAUGGAGUACACGGAGUUCCUCAAGCGGUCCGCUUCAAAAGAAGUGGGAAGGGAGAUACACUCCCAUCACAUGGUGAUAGACUUGGAGAAAUUCAGCCUUCGUAACCUCUACUGUUGGCAAGCUGUCAAAACUCUUACCAAUAUACUGCAGACCAUGGAGGGCCAUUAUCCGGAGUGCCUGGAGAAGUGCGUCAUCAUAAAUGCGCCAAACUUCUUUCCCGUGGUGUGGAAGAUGGUGCGGCCGUUCUUGACGCAGGCGACGACUGACAAAGUUCAAGUCUAUGGCAAAACUGGUUGGAAGGAGCACAUACUGAGCCUCGUAGACGCUGCCCACCUACCGGUUCACUGGGGUGGAGACAUGGUGGGACCAGAUGGCGAUCCACGAUGCACGCACAAGGUGAACUUUGGUGGCGUGUUCGAGGAAGGUAAAACGCAUCCGGCUUGCUCCGUGUUCGACGAGAAGGGCGCCCAGCGACACACCAUCGCUCGACGCGAUAGGUGGGAGCUACCGGUGGAUGUGGACAGGGCUGGCUUGCGGCUCAGCUGGCGGUUCCAGGUCACAACGGGAGACGUGGCUUUCGGUCUGCGCAUGCGCAACGGGGAGCGUCUGCUGCCCCUGAGACGCCUGCAGGCCUGCAGUUACUUGCCACAGGAGGGAAGCUGGGACUGCGGCACGCCUGGCACGUAUGUGCUUGAAUUCGACAACAGCUACAGCUGGCUGACUGACAAGACAAUAGCCGUCGUGGUUACCGUGCAGACACCGGAUGAAUAUUCCUGACCACUCAUCGCCAGCUACAACUUGUCUAUAACUACGUAUAUACUCGCGGGGAUGACCUUAAAAUUCUGGACAUGCUCCCCGCAUAAAUCCGUGGAGGAUUUACAAUCGGAGGGCUGUGAUCCGUGCUCUACAGCAGGAGUUGCACUGCCUCACGAUAAAAAUGAGCGCCAGCGUGGCCGCGCGGUCGUCACGUGACAGAAAAAAAGAUUCAUGACGACUGGAAUAGGCUCGCAGCUUGAAACUUUUGCUACUUUGUUUAUGUGAAUUUAGCGCCAAAAGGGAAAUAAAGGUUAUAUGUUUCCUGCUGAAGUAACGUACCUUAGACUGAGAACCAACGUAUGGAAUAAAAACAUAUUGCUCGA